GCAGGCUUUAAACAGUGACUUAAAAUCAUCAAGGAUUUUGUAGUUUUUGUGGGAACGAUGCUGCUCGCAAAUUUGCGUUGUCUCGGUUUGUUUUAAAAAGCCUCCCUCCCUUUCAUAUCCAAUGUCUCGACGAAGUCUUAAGGAGACGAAUGAAGAUACCGUUCGGUUGCUCUCUGCUACCUUGGACUCUCCGGAUCCCGACUCAAAUGAGGAAGGUGACGUUAUAUUUGAAAGGAUUUCCUAUGGAGUAAAUGGUGGUGAGAACCAAAGAAAACUUUCUCAUGAGGAAGCCAUAGAAGAAGCAGGUUUUGGUUUGUUUCAUGGUCUGCUGCUGGUGGUGUGUGGAUGGGCCAAUGCCAGUGAUGCAGUGGAGAUACUCUGUGUGUCCUUUCUUCUGCCCACUGCUCGCUGUGAUCUGCAGCUCAGCUCCUCAGACAUGGGUUUUCUGUCUGCUAGCAUCUUCCUGGGUAUGAUGGUGGGUGGUUACGUUUGGGGUUGCCUUGCUGAUCGGAGAGGGCGGCAAAGAGUUCUGGUUGUUUCUCUAACUGUGAAUGGCGUAUUUGGUGCAUUAGCAAGCUUGGCCCCCAGCUUCUGGCUGUUUUUGCUUUUGCGUUUUCUCAGUGGUGUAGGUGUGGGCGGCUCUAUUCCUGUCAUCUUCUCAUAUUUUUCUGAAUUUCAACCACGUCUGCGGAGGGGUGCAAUGAUAAGUGCGCUGGCCACGUUCUGGAUGGCAGGAAACAUUCUGGCAGCAGGUUUGGCCUGGGCAGUUAUACCCCAAACCUCUCUGAAGUUUGAGCUGGGCUGGCUGGACUUCCAAAGCUGGAGGCUGUUUGUGGUGCUCUGUUCAGUGCCAAGUCUGUCGUCAGCCCUUCUCUUUGCAUUGGCCAUGCCUGAAAGUCCCAAGUUUCUCAUGGAGACAGGACAGAAGACAGAGGCCCUGCGGGUUUACCAGAAAAUGUUUGAGCUCAACCACAGGGGCAGCAUUAAGACUUUCCCGGUAUGUGAUCUCCUCAUCUGCCCUCAACGCGAUAGAGAGGGUUCAGUCAGUAGCGGGACAAGAUGUCAAAGUUUACUAAGUAUCAUCAGAGAGGGGCUGGACCCUGUGAGACAGAUUUUUGUUGGACCGCUGGCCUCAAGAAGCGUAGUCUUACUCAUAAUAUUCUUCUCCAUAUCAUUUGGUUUUUAUGGCUUGUGGAUGUGGAUCCCUGAGCUCUUUAAAAAAUUGGAGGAUGGUGGCUCACCAUGUGCUAGUAACACGUCUCUCACCCAUAAGCAAGAUGCCGACAUGUGCUAUCCUGUCAAAACAGCAGUGUAUGCAGAGGGCUUCAUCACUGCUGCCUCAAACUUACCUGGGAAUAUUUUCACCAUAUUACUGAUGGAUUUUGUUGGAGGGAAGAUUCUACUCUCUUGCAGCCUGUUGCUGUCCAGCAUCAGUGUAUUCUUCAUCUGGUUGUUGAAGACAAAAACCCAAAGUCUGAUCAUGUCCUGCAUAUUCAGUGGAGUCUCAGUAAUAUCCUGGAAUGCCCUUGAUGUAAUCAGCACAGAACUCUACCCAACCCAGCUACGAUCAUCUGCAUUAGGCUUUUUCACUGGUGUGGGCAGAGUGGCAGCCAUCAUGGGAAAUGUAACCUUUGGUCAACUGGUGGAUUCAAAUUGUGCAGUGCCAGUGCUGCUGGUGUCAGCGCUGCUGUUGUCUGGUGGACUUGCAGCUCUCAAACUACCAUCUACCAAACAGUCAGAGCUCACAUAAGGUAGCUCAGGAGAUGUUUUAAAUGUGCUUGUUAAGUGCCCAAGUCCUGCUGGUUUAUGACUUUCCUUACAAAUAUGAUUAUGGCCUGAAAUGUAACAAGCAUGGGCACCCCUUCACCAGUCGGUGACAUGAGAUCAAUGGAGGGCAUUCCUGCUAUGUAUCUUCUUGAAGAGUAACCUCAGAAGGAGUGACAACAGGAUUUCUUUUUUUUUUUUACAGUUUGUAAAGCUGCUUAAUAUUGAUCAAUCUUUUCUUAAGUUCUUAAGGGCAAGAAUCCCUUUUUCCUUUUUAUAAAAUGAAAGACAGAUCUACAGGUGCAAUAUUGCAUUAUUAUUUAAAGCUAAGGAUACUAAUGUGUGGUGCUCCGAACCCAGAGGAAUGCACCACCGUACAAUUACAGAGCUACUUCAAGGUAAAACUUCCUCUCAAAGUUCUUUUAAAUUCCUUUGUAAACAUAACCAGGCAGACAACAUAAGUUUCCUGACCAUUCAAUCAUUCUUGUGACCAAAGAAACUUCUAGAGAAAUGUCUGUACAGUAGGGCUGCAUCUUGUAUUUUGACAUGCCGAUGUGCCUAAAAGUCUCUUUACUUGUUUUGAGGGGGGCCAUAAACACAGUUUCAUUGGACAGACACAUUUCAUUGAACAGAGUGCCCAUCCUGAUAUUUUCAUCUUAACCCUAAUUUUUAUUCCUUUUUGUAUUCUAUAAAUGUUGUAAAAGAUGGACCAAUGUCAUUA